CGCGCAGGAUCAUCCAGAAGAAGUCUCGAGCUUCAAGAACCCAGAGAGCGCGAGCCGAUCACAGUAAAACUCAAGUGUCAGGAGCGCGAGAGAGGAGCUCUUAUUUUACACACAGACGCGCAAUAUUCUCGAAAACCAUCAUCAUAUGAUGCACGAGCAACAGAUCCACAGGACCUAAAACUCAGUGAUGGCAUCUUACCAUAGCUUAGAUGAUGACGCAAUGGCUCUGAUGGUCCACGACACCAACACGGUGAAGAAAGAGGAAUCGGCCAAAGAUGAAUCGGUCCAAGAGCAAAAUCCGGAGAAAGUGGACCCGUCCCAGAAGCCGCCGUACUCGUACGUGGCUUUGAUCGCCAUGGCCAUCCGAGAGAGUUCGGAGAAGAGACUGACGCUGUCCGGUAUUUACCAGUACAUCAUCACCAAGUUCCCUUUCUACGAGAAAAACAAGAAGGGCUGGCAAAACAGCAUUCGACACAACCUGAGUCUGAACGAAUGCUUCAUCAAGGUUCCCCGGGAGGGCGGCGGGGAGCGCAAGGGGAACUAUUGGACCCUGGACCCGGCCUGUGAGGAUAUGUUCGAGAAAGGAAACUACCGGCGCCGGAGGCGCAUGAAGCGCCCGUUCAGACCGUCGGUGGCUCACUUCCAACCGGGCAAGUCUCUCUUCGGCGGGGAUGCAUACGGCGGAUACAUCUCGGCUCCGAAGUACAUCCAGUCGGGCUUCAUGAACAACAGCUGGCCGCUCGCGCAGCCGCCGCCGAUGACUUACGCCUCGUGCCAGAUGGGAAACGGCAACAUGAGUCCCAUUAAAGGACUGUCCGCCCCGUCGUACAACCCGUACAGCCGAAUGCAAGCCAUGGGUCUGCCGAACAUGAUGAACUCGUAUAACGGAAUGGCUCACCAUCAGCACCAGGCGCAGCAGCUGAGCGCGUCUCCGGCUGCUCCCUCGCCGGUUCCGUCCAACAGCGCGGCGGGGCUGCAGUUCACCUGCUCCCGGCAGCCCAGCGAGCUCUACUCGUACUGGGACCACGAGGCCAAGAACUCCACGUUACACUCUCGGAUUGACAUCUGAAGCCGCUGCGAUUUUGGGGAUGUAAACGGAGCGCGUAAACUUUUUCUCGUUGUGUCGACGGGCUUCUGUUUUUGUUUUACGCAGCCAAGGUAAACAGGGUAACUUUUGUCGCUGAACCACAGACUUUGCGAGGUUUAAACAAAAGUGUUAACGUACAUUCGAGCGAUUUGAAGUAUUACUAAAAUGUGUUGGACUGAAUUGAAUCUCAUAUUUUUUUAAAUCAUUAGUUCGUUGUUUGACUUCUGUAUCAUGUCAUAUCACCAGAGAAUGUACCUCCUUACGCGCAUGCUGUCUUCUGUUACUGGAUCGAAAAGUGUGUUUGUUAGAAAAAAAGAGGACGAUAAUAAACACGAUUUCAUUACGUAGUUCAGCAAGAUUGUUGAGGACCAGUAUAACGUUUGGAUUGUCAGACCAGCACUUAUUUCUAUUGUUUGUUUUUAAUAAACCGUUUUGAAAAUGAACAAUGUCUAUACACAUGAGCGAUCACUUCAUCAUUUAGAUGAGAAAGAAUGUAUAGAAUUGUCGUGGGUCGAUCUGAAAUAUUUCACGUCUAAACAGAGAUUACUCCAAAAGUCACCGAGCUCCAAAAGUAUAAAAAAUGUAUCCUAUAUUUAUUCGUGCUCAUGGCAGAAGAAUAAUUUUUUUAUAUCGAGUUGUUAUAA